ACAACGACGCUCUAUUUUUGAGUCUCUUUGCCUUGGCAGCAAUUUGUUAGUUAGUUAGUUAGUUUGGUUGGCAAAAGGGGGAGGCGAUGGCGAGUUCAUUGGAAAUUGGGUUAAGAAGUGUAUUCGCAGUGUUGGGUUGUCUUAUGUUGGCUACUCUCAUCUACACCAUCUCCAUCGAUGAUCUUCCUUUUCGUAAAGACCUCCUCACCCCGUGGAUGGUGGCAACCUUGGUUGACUUCUAUAUCAACGUUGUACCUCUUGCGGCAUGGAUUCUCUACAAGGAACCUAAAUGGAUCACUGCAAUACCGUGGAUAAUUCUGCUAGUAUGCUUUGGCAGCAUUACUACUUGUGCCUACAUUCUCAUGCAACUCCUGAAGGUUCCAUCUGAAGAAAAUUUACAAGAUCCCAUGUAUUAUGUUCUGUUGCGGCCUCCAGGCAAGGAUGACACACAACAAAAGAGGAAUCAUUCUUUUGUUGUGACUCUGAGGAUCCUUUUCAUUAUUUUGGGUUGUUUGAUGUUGGGAACUUUGGUUUAUACUCUCUUGACUGAUGGUUCUCCCUUUCGCAAAGAGCUUUUAACUCCGUGGAUGAUAGCAACACUUGUUGACUUUUAUAUCAAUGUUGUGGCCCUAUCGGUUUGGGUUUAUUACAAGGAAUCAAGUUGGAUUUCUGCAAUGAUCUGGAUAAUUCUGUUGAUAUCAUUUGGCAGCAUUACCACAUCUGUCUACAUUGCCUUGAAGCUUUUCCAGCUCACUUCCCAAGAUCCAAUCUACCUUGUUUUGUUGAAUAGUUAUAGUGGCUACAGGUAUCACAUGUAACGUGUUUGACUUUUGAAUUUUGUGGACAUGAAAUGUGUGUGUCUUUGGUCAUCCUACGGAGAGACCGCAUAUGGUGACAAAUAGAAGGAAGCAAACACCUUAAGCCAUCAGAAGGAAAGAACUUUUUACUGUCAUGAGUAUUCAGCCCAAAAUUUUAGUUUUUUGUUUCAUCACCAAGUUUUACCUGUAGUAGAACCAAUUUUCGAUCUUGUUAUUUGAUAAAUCUUAAAGAGUAGUUAUUAGUAAUAGUGGAAUCUAAGAAGAAAAGUUGAGGUUUUGAAAUCACUCCUAAAAUGAAUUGGUGUUUGUAAA